AUGGCCCAUGUUACUUUCCGCCAGGUCUUCCGCAGAACUGACGAUCACACACCUGGAACGCCCAAAGUGAAACUUGUGAGAGAAGAUCUGCCAUUACCUCUCCACCCAACCGCGGUUUUGAUUAAGGUCCACGCUGUGUCGCUGAAUUACCGUGAUGCCAAUAUCGCCAAUGGUGGCAAUCCUUGGCCGGUGAUACCCCAUGGGGUGCCUGGAAAUGAUGCGGCCGGAGAAAUUAUUGCUGUGGGGGAGAGGGUGUCGCUGGUAUCUAUUGGAGAUCGAGUAGCGCCAAUCACCGACACGGAAUUUGUCAGCGCUCGCUCGACUGGGCGAUCCUGGCUCGCAGCAAACGAAGAUGGCACACUUGCAACGCAUCUAGUUUUCGAUGAGAAGCUUGUGACGAAGAUACCCACACAUCUCGACUGGGUUCAAGCGAGCAUCAUUCCCUGUGCGGGAACAACAGCCUGGUCCGCGCUCAAGGGCGUUUCCAUCGGACAAACCGUUCUGAUCCAGGGUACGGGAGGAGUUGCAACAUUUGCGCUUAAGCUUGCCCGAGCGUCGGGUCUUAAGAUUUUCCUAACCUCUUCAAGUGAUGAGAAGCUGAACAAGAUUAAGGAUCAGUUUGGCAAGCCUGAGAUCCAGACUAUCAACUACAGGACUCAGCCGGAUUGGCACAAAGAGGUCUUGAGACUUACCAACGGCAUCGGUGUCGAUCUUGUUGUUGAGAAUGGCGGAAGCAGCUCAUUAGUUCAAAGUAUGCUAUGUACCCGGCGUGGCGGUACUGUUAGCCAGGUGGGCUACCUUGGUGGACCUAAGCCGGAACAGUUAAAGGAGUUUGUUUCCACCGUCAUCGAUCGAAGAGUGAACAUCAGGGGCAUCAACGGUGGCUCCAAACACGACCAGGAUGAUCUCAUGGCAGCUAUCUCAGCUACGGAGAUGACUUUUGAAGAUAUUAUUGACUCGGUGUGGCCAUUUGAAAAGUCGGAAGAGGCUAUUGAGUUCGUCUGGCAGGGUAAGCAAAUCGGGAAGGUCAUCCUAAACUUUGGACAAUAG